AUGGAGACGGAGAUAGAAAACCUGCUGGCAUGGGCCGAGACCAAAGGCAUAGAGAUCAACGGCUGCUCGCCAAAGCAACUACACGGCCGCGGCGUCGGCAUCGUGGCCACUCGAGCACUAAAGGCUGGUGAAGUCAUCCUGCGCGUCCCCACAGAUACCCUCCGCUCCCUCGCCAACACGCCGCCGUCCAUCAUCGCCAGCCUCCCCGGCGCCAGCGUGCACGCCAUCCUCGCCUGCUCCUUGUGCCUCGACACCACCAGCUCGCUCUCCGCCUGGCGCGCCGUCUUCCCCUCCAAGGCCGACAUCCACGCCGUCCUGCCCAUCUGCUGGCCGUCGGAGCUGCGCGCGCUCCUUCCGCACACCGCCGCCACGCUCCUCGGCAAGCAGAGCGCCAAGUUUCAAAAGGACUGGGCCACCGUCGAGGCCGUCUACGCGCCCCAGCUCUCCAAGGAAGAUUUCCUGUACGGCUGGCUGCUCGUCAACACGCGCUCCUUUUACCACACCACGCGGCAGACGGCCAAGCUGCCCAAGGAGGACCACAUGGUGCUGCAGCCCGUCGCCGACCUCUUCAACCACAGCCCCGCGGGGUGGUGCGCCGGCGCCUUUACCGCCUCGGCCUUUACCAUCACCACGCAGGAGCCGCACGCGGCCGGGCAGGAGCUCUUCAUCAAGUACGGCUCGCACGGCAACGACUUCUUGCUCGUCGAGUACGGCUUCACGCUCCCGCCGCCGCUCAACGCCUGGGACGAGACGUGCCUGGAUCCGCACGUGUGCCACGCGCUGACGGCCGCGGGGCAGCGGCCCGUCCUCGAGGAUGCGGGCUUCUGGGGCGGGUACAUGCUCGACAGGGAGACGGCGUGCUACAGGACGCACGUGGCGCUGCGGACGCUGUGCCUCACGCCGCUGCAGUGGCGCGCGGUGCUCGACGGCGAGCGCGACGAGGAUCGGGACCAGCGCAGGGUGGACGCGGAGCUCGUGAGGGUGCUGCGGCGCUACGAGGAGGAUAUUGUGGAAAGGAUCCGCGACGUGGAGGAGGCGACGGCCGGGGACGAGCUCUCCCGCGAAGGGUUGCGCGAUCGGUGGGUGCAGAUCCAAGAGCUCGUCGUGGGGACGAGGCGACGACUAGAGGAGCAGUGA